GACUUCCGGUCCUUGACACCAUUAUGUGUUUUCUUUCCAUCGCCAGACAGUGAGCUGCUAUUCCGAGAGUGCAAGAUGAACAUCGUGGUAAUGAGGAAGAUGUACAUGCUGAGCUGCCUUCUAGCUUUGCUGCUUCCACCUCUCUCACACCAAGAGGAGCGUCACAAACUACUGCUGGUGUCGUUUGAUGGUUUCCGCUGGGACUACGUGAACAGGGUUCCCACACCCAACUUCCGUGCCCUGAUGGAAGAGGGAGUGCAGGUGGAGCGGGUGGAGAACACGUAUAUCACCAAGACCUUUCCUAACCACUACACUCUAGUGACAGGCUUGCAUGCAGAGAGUCAUGGCAUCGUAGCAAAUGAAAUGUAUGACCCAGUUCUGAAUCGCUCCUUCUCCAUGGAGGGGCCAGAAGUGUACAACUCUCGAUGGUGGGAGGAGGCUGUCCCGCUGUGGGUAACCAAUCAGAUGGCUGGAAGGAGGAGCGGGGCUGCCAUGUGGCCUGGAUCGGACGUGUCUAUUGGUGGAAUAUACCCGAGCCGUUAUAUGCCAUACAACGCCUCCAUGCCCUUCGAGAUGCGAGUAGAGAAGCUGAUCAGCUGGUUCUCAGGGCCAGAGGAGAUUAAUUUCGGGGUGCUGUACUGGGAAGAGCCUGACGAGAGCGGCCACAACCUAGGGCCCGAGAGCCCACUUAUGGACGUGGUCAUUGAGGACAUCGAUGUCAAACUGGGCUUUCUCCGAGCCGAGCUAAAGAGAGCUGGGCUUUAUGACAAAAUGAAUCUCAUUGUCACCAGUGACCACGGAAUGACCCAGCUCUCACAUGACAAAGUCAUUGAGCUGGACACCUACCUGAGUCGAGAUCUCUAUACGUGGAUCGACAAGAGCCCAGUGGUGGGCAUUCUACCCAAAGAAGGUAAAGUUGAUAAGGUGUAUAGUUUGUUGGAGAAUGCAAACCCUAACAUGGUCGUGCACAGGAAAGAAGACAUUCCUGAUCAUUUCCACUACAAACACAACGUAAGAAUAAUGCCGAUCAUUAUUGAGGUCAAAGAAGGCUGGACAAUCGUACAGAACAAAACCGGACCCUUUAUGUUGGGCAAUCAUGGCUAUGAUAACCACCUUCCCAGCAUGCACCCUGUGUUUGUUGCCCGUGGCCCAUCAUUCCGCACUGGUUACACCAAGACCUCGAUGCGCUCAGUGGACCUCUACCCUCUCAUGUGCAGCCUUCUGGGCAUUCAGGCCCUGCCCAACAACGGCUCUUUGAUAAGCGUGAGGGAUCUUUUGGUGGAGACUUUCACACCUAGACCUGUACCUCCGCCCGUACCCAAGGAGCCCUCAUAUGCCUGGGCUGUGGGCACAGUCCUCGGCAUCGGCCUCGUCCUGGGAUUCCUCAUUACGAUUGUGAAGAAGGUGACACAAAGGAAUUUGCCCCCUUUGCCUCUAACCAACAGAGAGAUUUCACAGCCCUUACUGCAGGAUGAAUUACGCCUUUAAUAGGAAAAAACAAAGUGUUUGUCAUUAUUACAUUACUUUUAUUUAGAUAGGGUGAAGCUCGUAGUAGUUACGCUAAGGUCUCCAGUGAGAGGCUCUUGGAAGCAUGUAGCAUUGCUCCACUCUCUGGUGCUUCAGAGCCACUUUUUUUUUUCCUACCGUUUGUUAGUUUCCAAAUAUUUCAGUGUAAUCCCAAGACAAGGUCAUAUUAAUUUGCGCACCAGUGAAAGAGAGGAGGAGCACCAAAUCUAAUCCAUGCCAGUGGUGCCAUGCCAAGGUUUAGCAACUGUAGAGCAAUACAGCAAGAGAAGCUACAGGCUUACAGUCUGAGUAAUCAUAACAAGUCCUCUACUGGCAAACCUGAGCAUUUUCAAUUUAUGAAAUCCUGUGGCCUGUAAUAUUUAAAAAAAAGUUUAAAAAAUAACAGGAGGAAUUGUUUUAAAGAAUUUACCAUUUUAAAAUACAACCAGAAACUUUUUUCUUAAAAAAAAAAAAAUUAUAUAUUCUGUAUUUAUUGAAUGUUUAACAAGUGAUAGUUCUCUUUAGGGCAUUGGCAUCUUUGCUGAUUGCUUUUUAUACUUUGUGUUUCAUUCAUUGAGAUUUCUUUAAUCUAGUUCAAGUGCAAUGGCUACAUGCUUGUGAUGUUUGAUUUGUAAUGCUGGCAGAAUGUUUGAUUUGAUUGUUCUUUACAUAAAGUAGGUAGUUAACCUGCCUCUGUGUUGCACUAAGAUUACUGCAAAGCUAAUCAGGAUUUGUGGAAAGUAUAAAGGAACCAGAUGGUUUUAAGAGUGGUUGCAUUUUGCACACUGUUUUCCCCAUGCUUUUAAUAUUUUUAACAGAUACAUGCCAAAAUACUUUAGCUACUAAUGUGACACUGUUAUAGAAAUUAGUGGUAUUGAUUUUCUAAUUUUAGACUCAAUUUUACACAAAACCCUAACAGGGAAGAACCACUGUGAUGUACCUUUUACAGGUGUAAAAAUAAAUACAUAAAAAAAAAGAAAAGAAAAAAAAAGGGAAGGCAUUUAAGUCUGAUGUAGUGACUGCUGAUAUUUAGUUGGUACACAAGUUGCUUGUAAAAUGUAAAUGCUUUUAUGCUGUGGCUAAAAUCGAGGUAGAAAAAAGAAAAAACUAUGAUGUUUGCCCUUCUUAUGUGAAAUAAUAUUGUAGUGUUUAAUGUAUUAAGUUAUUAUUUAUUUGUUGUCUUACUUGUUCUGGAUUUGAAUUAAAAGACUGGUGAAAAGGG